UUGACUACUGCAGACUCCUCAGACUUCAGUAGUUGUUCUGCCAACUGCUGUAGCUGUCUUUGGUGUUUAGUGCCAAGGAGGAAAAAGAGAAUUGCAAGUCCAUCGAAUGACUCUCCAUUCCAGGCUCUGCUGAAAAGUGUUUGGCCUGUAACAGGAAAAGCCUCUCUACUUUGAUGGAAACUGUCAAUGAGAAAGUUGUAGCUGGUGAGACGACUAUUCAAUACCUGGUGUUUCGUGGACCAGUGGAACUCAGAAGAGGCUGUAGCAGUAAGAAUUGUCAUCUCCAAUUGUACAGAGACUUCUUGGUUGUGACUAAUAGUCGGUUUAAGACAACCUUCAAAAUAAAAUACACCAUCCCACUGACUGCCAUGUGGAUGGGGGAGUGUGUGGUCACUGACUUUGUAGGCCCCAGUCGGGCCAGGAAAUCCAUUCUCCUGGGAUGGCCCGUGGAGAGUUUUGUGGCCACCUUUCGAAUGCUGCGGAAGAUUAUCAACUGUGGUUCUCUUCCAGCCAGAAAGAAGCACCAUGCCCACUCCUGGGACAUGAGAACACCUACGCCAUCAGAAUGAAUGACCUUCGAAAUUCUACCUUUGUGGCAGUGGGGCCAAGUGACUACACUGAUUAUCUUGAUAUCAACAAGGCAGUCCAGGAGCUGCAGUCCCCACAUAUGCCAGGACUAUUCAUCCUGAAGCCCAAGGACCCACCCAAAUACCAGAGCACACGCUCCUCCGCCGGCAUGGCUGCAGGCGGUGACCAGCCACGAGGGGCAGCACCGUGGCAUAACCAACAUUGGUGCUGUUCAGACUCGGAUACACCACCAAACACUGAGGACCUGCUGACUGCUGCUGCUUGCCGCCUCUUCCCCCAUCCAGCGAGACCGCGAGACCACGAGCGCGUGCGUCCCUCGCCGCCUCCGCUGGACCCCCACACCGCUACCGCCAUGAUUCUUCACCACAAUUCAGAGAGAACAGUUAGAAGAAUAUAUUCUUUCAUAAACUGGAUUAUUCGGUGGGCCCCUGACUAUGUCCAUUUGGACACACCAGCCCCAAACACUGGGCAUCUGUUUGGACAGAUGCUCAUGGAUAUUUGUGAAGAUGGUGUGGAGCUGCCUGCUCCAAUUAUGGCUGAAUGUACCUUCUCUGAAGUGCUUGGGAUCAAAAGUUUCAGACUUCAUAGCAUUUCAUAUUUCAUAUGUUUUUAGAUGUGAGAUGCCCAAUCAACCAAUGCAAGCUCGGUCACCUGAUUUCUGAGAAGAGGUUCUGGUAUUUAUGAGAAGAAUUGCUGGUGCUAUGGAUGUAAGGAUUAGGUCCUUAAUUACGUCAUCAGCCUGCGACGGCAUCCCAGCCUAAAAAGUGGGUGGGCCCUCUGUGUGCCCCCUUCUUCUCUUCUGCUCUCUCCUUCUGUUUGUUCUCUCUUCCCCCCUCUUCCCUCUCUCUCCCAAUAAAGCUCUA